AUGAACACAGAAGAAGACUGGUCUAUUAUCUCGUCGCUGAGCGACUUGGAUGACGAUCAAGCCACUAUUGAAUCUCAUGAGGAGGGGAAUGGGGGUGAAACCCCACAGAAUGUUAGUAGUAUAGCCACACUACGUAUUCCAGUAUUGGAAUCAUCUUCAGCAAGAUCUUCAGCUAGUGCUGGAUCCGAUUCCAUUGUACUUGUUGAUCAUGAAAUCACUAUUGACCACGAGGGAAGUACGGGGUUGAGUAGUACACCCACUGAGCUAGAACCAAAGGAAAGGGAAGAGGAAUCCAAGCCUGUUGGAAGAAUUCAAAUGACUAUUGCAUUUUAUGAAGAGCUUGCAGGAGGGAUCUCAUCAACUUUUAGUCGCCAUUUUGGUGGUGGUGGUGAAGAUAUCGCCACUGAAUCUGAGUCAAAAGAUGAAUUAAUUACCGAAAGUUCUAAUAACCAGAAGAAAAUUGUGAAAGAAUCAAGACUGGUCAAUUCAAUUGUUACAUCAGCCAGGGCAAAAGCUCAAGACUUUGGUAAUCAACAAAUGGAACUUAUCUCCAAACAAUCUCCAAAGACUAUAUUAAUAAGUUUAUUAACUUUUGUGACAAUAAUUUUAGCUCUGAGUUAUGUUUUCAGGAUGGUUAUGGUUCAAAUUGUUGCACCACAACCUCUACCUCAAAGACAAUCCUCAUGGACUCAACUUUGGAAUAACUCUCCUCCACCUCAAGAAUCUAGGUUCUUUGUGUGGAGGACUCCACCAUCACCACCACCAACAACGUUAUCAAUUAUGAAGAGUACAUUAAACAAAUAUAUUGAACAGGAAGCUGACCAAUUCCAUCAUUUGGUUGAGAUAGUCUCAAUUGAAACUGAGAAAUAUUCUAAAGAAAGUUUUAAAUUUCUUUUAAAAUUCCAAGAUUUAUCUGAAAAGUUAACAAAUCAAUUGAUUCAAAAUUCAAUAAAUUAUAAAUUAAUAAUUAUGGAAAAGUCCAAAAUAUUAAAUAAAUUAUUGAAUUCUGAAGCAAUUAAAUGGAAUUUUUUUUUGAAUAAAGAAUAUAAAGAAAUUUCCAAACAAUAUGAAAUUUUAAGUAAAGAAAUUUCAAUUCAAUUGAAACUUUUCAGUAAUAAAACCAAAUUAAAAUCAAAAGAAUUCAGUAAAUUAAUUUUAAUUCAAGCAAAUGAAUUCAAUAAAUUUGCUUCAAUUAAAUCAAAGGAAUAUGGUAUGACUGUUUCAAAAUGUUUUAAUCAAUUUGUUUAUAAAUCAAAGGACACAUAUUCAAUAUUAAAUACCAAACUUAAUUAUUGGACACCAAUAGCUAUUUCAAAGCUCAAUUUUCUUUAUACAGAAUCAGCAAAGACUAGUACUGUGAUUGUCUCCAAGGGACUUGAGAAUUCAAGAAGUAUAUUCAAUCAAUGUAAAGUAUUUGGGUCAGAUUUAACAAGGAAUGCGCUUGGAAAUGAUACGGCUGGAACUCUAGCAAAAAAGGGAAUUUCCAAAAGUUACAAGACUGGAACAAAUAUUAUUUCAAAAGUCUUGAGAAGUUCAGCUGUUGGCGGUUAUCAUGCAACCACUUGGAUCACUUCAUGGAUAUAA